GGGAAAUGUUACAUAGGAAAAUUUCUACUUCGGCCUAGUAUUUUUGGAUCAUGGUCAAUUGAAUUGCCCUCUUGCUAUGCCUUGUGUGUAUUGUAUGUGCUUUUCCUGAUGUCAGCAUAAUGACCUGAUUUAGUAUUUCUUUUUUAACCUAGGAUGGAGAGAACUGUCGUGUACUAUGCUGCAUGAAUGGUCACAUUGACAUCGUCCGUCUUCUGGUAGAGGCUAAUGCUGACCUAAACCUACCACAUAAGGAUGGUUUUACUCCACUCUAUGUUGCCUGUCAAGGUGGGCACAAGCUAAUAGUUGACAUUCUGUUGAAGAAUGGAGCCAAUGUGAAUCUC